AUGAAUUCAUUUGCUGUUCUUUGUCUACUUGCUGUAUUACCUAUUUGCUCGGCAAUCACUUGUUAUCAGUGUACUGCUGGGUCAUCAGGAUGUGAUCCAUUCAGUGCCAGUGGCUCAGGUGUGUCUACCAGCAGUUCCUCUGCUUGCAUUAAAGUUUCAACAGGAUUUUCGUCAGGUACAACUCGAUCAAGUGCUAGCUCANUACUGAAAAUGUUAUUGUGUUAA